AUGGAUAUUGUAACGAAAGAGAAAACUAUUAAUGAAGUACUUCAAAAAGCUCAAAAAGAAGGUGGUGUUGUUUUAAAAGAAAAAUUACGUAAAUUAUUAGUUGAACGUAAUAUUCCAUUUAUUCCAUUAACAACUAAAAUUGAUUCACUUCGUUCACUUGGUUAUGGUGUUUUUGGUAUAGUUGAAUUAAUACGUUAUCAAAAAAAAUUAUAUGCACAUAAAAGACCACGGCAAACAACGAAUGAACAACGUAAUAGUAUACUUGAAGAAGGUAUUAAACUAACAGAUAUAGCUGAACGUCAUCCAAAUAUUCAACGAUUAAAUUUUAUUAAUCUUCGAACAUUUGGUAUUGUUAUUGAUUAUUGUAGUAAUGGUUCACUUGAUGUAUUUGUCCGGGAAAAACAUUCAAAUUAUACAUUAGUUGAUGUUCUUAAUUGGGGUUAUCAACUAGCUGAUGCGUUAAGUUUUUUACAUUCAAAAAAAAUUAUUCAUCGAGAUGUUAAAAUGCAAAAUAUUCUAUUGAAGGAUAAUUAUCAAACACUUGUUCUAACAGAUUAUGGUACUGCAACACAACUUGGAAAAAGUUGGAUGACGGAUAAUGUUGGCACACCGAUUACAAUGGCACCUGAAGUAUUUGCUUAUAAUCAAUAUGCUGAACAAUGUGAUACAUAUUCAUGGGCAAUUGUCUUUUGGCAAUUGAUAUCAAAACAACUUUUACCUUAUGGAAAUCAAGGCAAAGGGUUUUUAAUCUCUGUUGUACGUGAAAAACUUCGUCCACCAAAAUUAAAUCAUUGUCCCGAAUUAUUUCUUGCUUUAAUGUAUCGUUCAUGGCAUUCUGAUCCUAAUGAACGUCCAACGUUAUUAUUAAUAAAAAAAAUUCUUCAAUUAAUAUUAAAUACAUUACCAAAAAAGAAAGAAGAAUAUACCGAUGAAAUGAUCAAUGAACUUAAUAAUCAAUGGACAAAUGAAUAUUGUUUAUCAGAAAAAUAUUUACCCGUUCAACCACGUUUAACAAAUGAACAAUCAAUAAAUCUUUAUCAAGAACAUUUAACAAUAAUGAAACGUAUCAUAACUAUUCAAAAAGAUCUUCAAGAAUUAAAACAAAAACAAGCUAAACAUGAUCAUUAUGAAGCCGUACUAGAUGAAAAUGAUCAAUUACAAAAAGAGAUCGAAGCAUUACGGUCAAAAACAGUUUAUGAAAUAAGGUAA